UUGUUUUAUAAACACAGAAAUGCCAGAAGUUAAGCCAUUGUCCCUGGGCUGCCUGUCUGGCAAGUGGCAGGACUGGGACCUAGGCCAGAGCCCAACUGCGGCCUCUUGAGCCAGUGAGGUUCCUUCCCAGAUGAGGAGGAUGGUUGCCGAGGUGGGUCUGUGAGUGGCUGUGCCUGGACUCAACCCAGGGCCUCCUCCCGCUGGGGCCCGUAAGCAGCAGCCCCUGUGUCCUGUGUCCUGAAGAAGAGCACACAGCGCCCGAGGCCUGGAAGCUGGGGGUGGGGGUGUGCAAGGCAGGUCCCCAUGAAUAAUUGAGGGCUGGGGUAGGCGGGCUGCUCCACAGCUGUCCCUGUGCCGCAGGCCGGGAGGGGUGGAGCAGGGUCACUCCCCUCCCUGCGGGGAGCGGCGCUGGUUAUAAGGCUCUGGCACCUGGCCCUACAACCAGGGGCCGGGGACACGCGCCCAGCCCCGCCUGCCUCCGCCAUGCUCCUGCUGACGCUGUCCCCGCUGCUGGCACUGCUGCUGGGCCCUGCCACGGCUGCUCCCCUGGCACCAAGGCCCUCCAAGGAGGAGCUGACCCGCUGUCUGGCAGAGGUGGUCACAGAGGUGCUGACCCUGGGCCAGGUCCAGAGAGGACCCUGCACAGCUCUUCUCCACAGAGAGAUGUGUGACACAGAGCCCUACGGCUGCCUGUCACCUGAGGAGAAAGCCUUGCUGGGUGGGGACUUCAAGAAGCGGGAGGCUGGAAAGACACGGAGCAGCCAGGAGGUGAGGGAGGAGGAAGAGGAGGAGGCGGCCGAGAGGAGCCACAGGUCCGAGGUCCAGGAGCAGCUGCACAGCCGGCUCUGGCAGGAGGAGAAGGAGGAGGAGAAGGAGGAGAAGGAGGAGAAGGAGGAGGAGGAGGAGAAGGAGGAGAGCGGCCCCAUGGAGACCUUCGAGGACCUGUGGAAGCACCAUCUGGAGGGCGGAGGGGGCCCCCAGAGGCAGGUGACAGAGAAGGCCAGUGAUGAGGAGACGGCCCAGUUCAAGGCAGAGGAGAAAGGGCUGAAGAUGCUGGGUGGGCACCACAGCCUGUGGCAGGGGGCCGAGGCGGGCAGAGGAGAGGGGCACAGGGACCUGCCGCGCCACCAUCACCAGCAGCAGCCGCCGCCAAGCCCUGGGGCCAAGCAGCAAGAGGCUUCAGAGAGGGAGGAGCACGACCUGGAGCGGCUGGAGCACGUGCGGGAGGAGCUGCAGAAGGCCGCUGCUAUGCUGGGGGAGGGGGUCAGGAGGGAGGGCUGACCCUGGCUCUGCCCCCCCAGCACACCCAAUGGCUUAGGACUGUUGGCCCCAAGCCCCCACCUCACCUGGCACUCCACUCCAGCCCCCACCAUGAUGGGGGCAGGGUGUGCUCUGAACCAAUCCUGAGGGGACAAGUCCAAGCUGGGCGGGGUCUGGGCCGUCUCAGCUCAGGACCCCCCCCCAGCCAGCUGGCCCAUUGCCACCUCCGAGUGAAUAAAGCACAGA